AUGAUCUACAAAGGACUUGAUGUGGUGACAGCUAAAGCAAGUCGCCAGGAACGGGAGGCGGCCACCCAUCAUCUUCUGGACAUUCUAGAGCCCCAUCAAAUGUUCACUGUUGUGGACUUCAGAAACAGAGCACUCAAGAUUAUUGACAGUUUAACGGAACAGGGAAAGAUACCAAUAAUAGUAGGCGGAACAAAUUAUUACAUCGAAUCAAUAGUUUAUAAAAUUCUAGUUGAAGAUAUGGAUGACUCGAAUGCAUUGCUUUGGGAUAAAAGUAGAAGGAAAAGAGAUCUAGACGAACCGGUGUGCACAGAAAAUGAAACUUCUGCUAAAAAAAGUAAUACCCAAUUAAAAGAUACAUAUAAUUCAACUGCUAACGUGAGCAACAGCGCAAACUUGCAUGAAAAACAUAUUACAGAUAAAUUUGAUGUGAUGGACGAGAAAACUAAAGAAAAAGUAAAAGAGGUCGUUGAUAAUGAAUCUAAUUAUACUAAUGAAGAAAUCCACCAAACUUUGAAAUCUAUUGAUCCAGUAAUGGCAGCGCGAUUGCAUCCUAAUAAUAGAAGAAAAGUACUAAGGUUGUUGACCGAAGCCAAGGUUUUCCUAGUUUCGCGCGUGUGCGUAACACGCGACCUUGACUUAUACUGGCCUACGGCGAUGUUACCAAACUAG